GGAAACAGUAGUUAGGUGUAGCAGGGCUGAGCCGAGGUUGCUUCACUGAAUCUCUUGCGGGUCAGGAGGGAGGGUCAGGUCGUAGUUGGGUUUUGCUCCAGCUGGCGUGGGAAUACUUUGCUUGUGUGGGAGCUGCACUCCCGACCCCCGAGGCCACGGGUCUUCUGCCUUAGCUGAGUAGGCGGCGGAGCGGGGCUCGCGGCGGGUCACCAUGUCGGCCUUCCCGGAAUUGCCGCUGCCGCUGCUGGUAAAUUUGUUCGGCUCGCUGCUGGGAUUUGUGGCUACUGUCACCCUUAUCCCUGCCUUCCGUAGUCACUUUAUCGCCGCGCGGCUCUGUGGCCAGGACCUCAACAAGCUCAGCCGGCAGCAGAUCCCAGAGUCCCAGGGAGUGAUCAGCGGUGCUGUUUUCCUUAUCAUCCUCUUCUGCUUCAUUCCUUUCCCCUUCCUGAACUGCUUUGUGGAGGAGCAGUGUAAGGCAUUCCCCCACCAUGAAUUUGUGGCCCUGAUAGGUGCCCUCCUUGCCAUCUGCUGCAUGAUUUUCCUGGGCUUUGCCGAUGACGUACUGAACCUGCGCUGGCGCCAUAAGCUGCUGCUGCCCACAGCUGCCUCACUACCUCUGCUCAUGGUCUAUUUCACCAACUUUGGCAACACAACCAUUGUGGUACCCAAGCCCUUCCGCUGGAUUCUUGGCCUGCAUUUGGACUUGGGGAUCCUGUACUAUGUCUACAUGGGAUUGCUUGCUGUGUUUUGUACCAAUGCCAUCAACAUUCUAGCAGGAAUUAAUGGCUUAGAGGCUGGCCAGUCACUAGUCAUCUCUGCUUCUAUCAUUGUCUUCAACCUGGUGGAGCUGGAAGGUGAUUACCGGGAUGACCAUGUGUUUUCCCUCUACUUCAUGAUACCAUUUUUUUUUACUACAUUGGGAUUGCUGUACCAUAACUGGUACCCGUCACAAGUGUUUGUGGGAGAUACCUUCUGUUACUUUGCUGGCAUGACCUUUGCCGUGGUGGGCAUCUUGGGACACUUCAGCAAGACCAUGCUGCUCUUCUUCCUGCCACAGGUGUUCAACUUCCUCUACUCACUGCCUCAGCUCUUUCAUAUCAUCCCCUGCCCUCGACACCGUAUACCCAGACUCAAUACCAAGACAGGCAAACUGGAGAUGAGCUAUUCCAAGUUCAAGACCAAGAGCCUCUCUUCCUUGGGCACCUUUAUUUUAAAGGUAGCGGAGAACCUCCAGCUAGUGACAGUCCACCAGGGUGAGAAUGAGGAUGGUGCCUUCACUGAGUGUAACAACAUGACACUCAUCAACUUGCUACUUAAAGUCUUUGGUCCCAUACAUGAGAGAAACCUCACAUUACUCCUGCUGCUGCUGCAGAUCCUGAGCAGUGCUGUCACCUUCUCCAUUCGUUACCAGCUUGUCCGACUCUUUUAUGACGUCUGAGUUCCCUGAAGAUUGAACUUUACCUCACAGUCUCCAGGGGUUCUCCUGACCCAAGGCCAAACCUCUCUCUGGUCCAAGACUACCUUUGGCUCAGGCCUCUCCCACUAUUUGCUCUCCUCUAGUUUGUUCUAAGCAUUUCCUCUCACCUGUGAUUAUUGAUACCCGGGGACUUUAUUGCCCUCUAGACUAUUAAUUGGACUUUGCCUAUGGCUUUCUUUAACUUGCCACUCUAUCCCUUUAUGACUGUCUUUGCAACCUCAUAAGGUGGGAUGUAGCAGCUUUUAUGCAAAUAUUCACAACUUAACUUUCAGAGUCCUGACUCUAAAAGGAAUAUGCUUUGACCUUGAGAGAGAAUUUGGACUAGGCUAGGGCUAGGGCCACAUACUCCAAGGUGGCUUUACAUUUGAUUAUAAAAUUAAGUGUUCUGAUCAGUAAGAGCAGAGGCGGGGCCAAAUGCUCAAAAUGAUGACAAUAAAGUGUUGCUUUUUACUUGUUCUUAUAGGUA